AUGUUAUUUCAAUUACUUAUUAUUCUUGGAAUAGGUCUUUUUGGAUUUAUAUUAUAUAAAAUAGGAGAUCAUUAUUCUCGUCAAUAUUUGGGUUUUAAUUCAAUUGAUCAUAUUCCUGUAUGUAUACCUGGCUCAUCGUUUGCUCCUGCAUUAGUCUGUGUACUCGGUUGGGGAGGAUGUAAACGUCGACAAUUACGGCGUUUACUUGAUUUUUAUUCAUCACAUCAGAUUCCAACAGUAUCAUGGAUUAAUCCAAUGUUCAAUUGUUUAUUUGAUGUUGAUAUAAAACAAAUUGAACGUGUACUAGAUAUUCUUCUUCAUGAAAAUCGUACGUCGAAUAAAAUUAUUAUUAUUCAUCUUCAUUCAAAUAAUGGUGCACUCGUCUUCUCUCAUAUGCUUGAUAUAAUGAAGACAAAUGAACAUUAUAAUCCAUUAUUAUCCAAUAUAAAAGGAAUUAUUCUAGAUUCAUCACCAUUUAUACGUUUUAAUAAUUCAUCUAAUUGGAUUAUUGUAUCAGCAAUUAGUAUAUCUCAACCAUGUGUUAGUAUUAUAUUGAAUCAAGCACGAUAUUUUCAUUUAUUUUGGACACCAUUAAUAAGUUAUUAUUUAUUUGUACGAUUUUUUUAUCAAUCUUAUUUUUCAUCACAUUCAUCAUUGCCAAAAGAUAAAAUACGAGAACUUCUUAAUAGUAUACCAACAAAUAUUAAACAAUUUUAUUUGUAUAGUACUGCUGAUCGUCUUAUUUCGUCUAAUUUUAUUGAGAAGUUUAUGGCUACGCAAGUUGAACGUGGUAUUGAUGUUAUGUCUCAUCGAUUUGUUGAUUCGGGACAUGUCAAUCAUUUUCGUUCACAUUCGGUAGAAUACGGAAAAUUAAUUUUAGAUUUUAUUGUUAAUAUUCAAAAAGAUAAUUUUGCUGAAUAA